AUGGAAAAGUCAAAAAACCAUUGGAAUAAGAAAUUCGGUGUCAACAAAAUGGGAAAUAAGAACAUAAGAAACAGUCAUUUACAACAUGCCAUUAAUAUUGGUAUAACUAGUGGUAAACAUAAUUAUCUUAAGCCAAAAGUUUACCACAUUCACAAAGAUGAUUUCAAGAGUUUUAUUCAGCAUGUUACCGGAAAACAAUCCAACGAAUUAAAAUCUAUGGUUGAGACUACAAGGUUGGAUAAGAUUAGGCCUCCACCAUUGUCCAUUGCAAGGCCACUAGUUCCGAUUCACGUUUCAGCUCCAACGUUUGUAGCUCCUCCACAAGUUUCUUACAAUCCACUGUCUGAACCUUUGAAGCCUAUUAUCGAUCCUCCCCUUGUUGACAUGUCAUGUAACAAUUUUCUUGAGUCUCCAAUCUCUGCUUUCAUGAGAAAUUUUCAAGACUCAACGAUGAACCAAAACACUUCAAGAUGUAACCAAUUUCAACCUUACCCUCCUCAAACACAAGUACUGAAUAAUGUGAAUGUUGAUUCUACACAACAUUAUCCUAUUGAAACACAAAUGGUUACCAGUGUUGAGACUUUUGCUGAGUCACCCAUCUCUGCCUACAUGAGAAGCUUUCAGAAUUCAAUGUUGGAUUAUGGUACUUUAGGGGGAAACCAAUUUCAACCUCAACCAAAUUAUUGCCCUCAAAUGUUUAUCUAA